GUUCCGGAAGUUGGUGUUUCGGUCAGCGGGACAACGCGGCAGCGGCUCUUCAAAGCGAAGCCGGGAGUUUUCGCCACUCUUGUCGCCGCCAUGAGCCGCAGUUACAACGAUGAACUGCAGUUCUUGGAAAAGGUCAAUAAAAGCUGCUGGAGAAUCAAGAAGGGCUUCGUGCCCAACAUGCAGGUUGAAGGAGUUUUCUAUGUGAAUGAUGCUCUGGAAAAAUUAAUGUUUGAAGAAUUAAGGAAUGCCUGUCGAGGUGGUGGUGUUGGUGGCUUCCUGCCAGCCAUGAAACAAAUUGGCAAUGUGGCCGCCCUGCCUGGGAUUGUUCAUCGAUCCAUUGGGCUUCCUGAUGUCCAUUCAGGUUAUGGGUUUGCUAUUGGGAAUAUGGCAGCUUUUGAUAUGAAUGACCCUGAAGCAGUGGUAUCCCCAGGUGGCGUCGGAUUUGACAUCAACUGUGGUGUCCGCUUGCUAAGAACCAAUUUAGACGAAAGUGAUGUCCAGCCUGUGAAGGAGCAACUUGCCCAAGCUAUGUUCGACCACAUUCCUGUUGGGGUGGGGUCGAAAGGCGUCAUCCCAAUGAAUGCCAAAGACUUGGAGGAGGCCUUGGAGAUGGGUGUGGACUGGUCCCUAAGGGAAGGCUAUGCCUGGGCUGAAGACAAGGAGCACUGCGAGGAGUACGGAAGGAUGCUGCAAGCCGACCCCAGUAAGGUCUCUGCCAGGGCCAAAAAGAGAGGCCUUCCCCAGUUGGGGACUCUGGGAGCAGGCAACCACUAUGCAGAAAUCCAGGUUGUGGAUGAGAUUUUCAAUGAGUAUGCUGCUAGGAAAAUGGGCAUCGACCAUAAGGGACAGGUGUGUGUGAUGAUCCACAGUGGAAGCAGAGGCUUGGGCCACCAAGUAGCCACAGAUGCGCUGGUAGCUAUGGAAAAAGCCAUGAAGAGAGACAAGAUUAUAGUCAAUGACCGUCAGUUGGCUUGUGCUCGAAUCGCUUCCGCAGAGGGUCAGGACUACCUGAAGGGAAUGGCAGCGGCCGGGAACUAUGCCUGGGUCAACCGCUCUUCCAUGACCUUCUUAACCCGUCAGGCUUUUGCCAAGGUCUUCAACACAACCCCUGAUGACUUGGACCUACAUGUGAUCUAUGAUGUUUCUCACAAUAUUGCCAAAGUAGAACAGCAUGUGGUGGAUGGAAAGGAACGGACUCUGUUAGUACACAGGAAGGGAUCCACCCGAGCUUUCCCUCCUCACCAUCCCCUCAUUGCGGUUGAUUACCAACUCACUGGACAACCUGUGCUCAUUGGCGGCACCAUGGGAACCUGUAGCUAUGUUCUCACUGGCACUGAGCAGGGCAUGACCGAGACCUUUGGAACAACUUGUCAUGGAGCGGGCCGUGCACUGUCCCGAGCAAAGUCAAGGCGUAAUUUAGAUUUCCAGGACGUCCUAGACAAAUUGGCAGACAUGGGAAUUGCAAUCCGUGUUGCCUCACCCAAGCUGGUUAUGGAGGAGGCACCUGAGUCUUAUAAGAAUGUGACUGAUGUGGUGAACACCUGCCAUGAUGCCGGAAUCAGCAAGAAGGCCAUUAAACUGACACCGAUUGCUGUUAUCAAAGGAUAGAACCCUGACGGCAGCCACUGGACACCACUGACCCUACUGAAGUGGACGUGGACUGAAAUGCUCUUCAGACAUCAGACUCGAGACCUGACAGGUUCCAGGGUGUGCAGGUGUAGCUGCCCGUUCCAGAAUGGCUGGUGGGGAGGCUCCUGAUUCAGGAACCAAUGUUGUAAACUUUCCUUCUGGGAGGAGUCACAAUGCCUCCAUUUGGAAAGGGAUGUAUAUGCUUCCUCCCUGAUUAUCCCACAGGUUUUUAGGAAGGUCUGUUAGGGGGUGGGGGUAAGUCAAGAAACUGCCUUACUCAGUCAUACAAGUCUUUAAUCAUCAGAAUGAAGUUCUUUACACCAACCUUUGUUUCCAGCCUGAGAGGUGUCAUGAAGAACAUUGUAUUAAAUAGGAAGGUUUGGGAAUGUUUCUUUUUGCCCUCUGUUUGUCAGUUUAUCCAUUUAACCACUCAUAUACCCCCUUCCCCUGCACUGAGCAAAACCCUAAAUACCAUUCUUACUUGGAGCAUAUAAAAGGGUCAUAGCAAGAUGUUAGAUGGAUAAUGAGACACGUUAUGGAGGGGUUAUGUGUGGAGGCGUAGGGAUAGGGACCCAAAAGAGAAAGUAAUUCAUCAUAGACUUGCUACCUUUGUCAUUCUAACUAUAAGGCAGACUUCUGACUUCCGUGUAAAAAUGGCAUCAGCUGGUAUCUUUAAUUAGGCCUAGUCUGGCAGAAUUUUCUUGAAUAAUAACUUGCACAGCAGCAGCAGAGAACCCUCAGAUAAUACAGAUAUCUUUACAUUUAUGAUUGAGUUAUUAUAAAAGCAUCAAAAGGCCGCAGCUAUGAUGUUAAUGGUUACUCUGUGUUGACAGGUUGGCUAGUCCUUGUGCCACCUAAUCAGAUUAGGUAUUAUAUAUACUGUGACACCCAAAGAUGUUAACGUUAUAGGUUACUAAGGCCAUAGUUGAGUCUAAAUAGCCAGUAAAAUAGAAGAAUCUAAUAAAGUUGUAAUACGUUGUUUAUAUUUUGUGCUUAAUGUUUUAUGGCUUAGGAUAAUUAGUAUUUUUUCUUGGUUCACUUUGGACAGUGCUUCUGUUUUCUGAUUUUCUCCCUGGUUGCUUUCAGAGAUGCACCCUAAAAGAUAUUCUUUUCUAACACUUAUCUCUCAAUAUAUAAUAAAACCCCCCAUUGGAGUGUCUUCUAAAUGCUGUUUGGAAGACUAGAGAAAAGCAGACUUCCUCUGAAAAAUGUAUGAUACGAAAUAGCAUGUCUUGACUCUGAGCACUCGGUAACUUUAAUGGUUUUGAUGGUAGAGUUUGAAAGUUAUCAGUAAGUUAGUAAUCGUAAUGCGAUAAUUAUGCAUUAGUUAUGCCUCCAGAUUGGACCAGCAACUGUUGUGCACAGAUGACUUAAGGAUGUAGGUUACCUGUGAACGCUGGAGGGCAUUUAAAGAUGAGAAACAGGCUUCUGGCAAGUGCUAGAUUCUCUAGAGAUGAGGCAACACUGAGUGUCUGAGUGGACUUCCUCUAACUGCGCUUUCCCAAUGAUGUUGUUUGAAACAGAUUCAUAGCAAAGUCCUCUCCCAAAACUAACUGAUGUCAGUGCAAGCAAUGCUGCAGAUUGUCUUAAAUACAUAUGUUGCGUUUUAUUGGAUGCUUUGAAAGUCACUCUUUGGGAAGGGAAGAGGGGAGCAGGUGAGGAGGAGAAAUAGAGAAGGAUGGUUUGUGCCAUGGCAUUUCUGUAUUAUAAGCUUUUCUUAUAUGUAGCAUUUCUACCAAACUUGACCCUAUUAAUGACCUUGGAAAGUAAUGGUUAAUAUUUUGAGUUCAAAAAGAAAACUACAAACAUUGUUUUCCUUGUUCUAAAGAUGUUAUUUUCCCAUUGGAGGCAAAAAGCCACUUAAAAGUGAAUGUUCAAAUGAA